UUAAUGUGUUUUGGGAUUUGUUAAUUUGUUUUCUGAUUUGUUAAUGUGUUUUGGGAUUUGUUAAUUUGUUUUCUGAUUUGUUAAUUUGUUUUUGGAUUUGUUAAUGUGUUUUCGGAUUUGUUAAUGUGUUUUGCACUUCCCGGCCACCGUAGGACCCACUUAAAAAGAUUAUAUUAACUCAUAAAGACUGUAAUUGUGUCCAAUGUGAUACUUUCAUUUUCCUAUGAAUUCUAUGAUUUUUGGGAAAGAAUUCAGUCUGAUUUCAUUCAAUUUAAUGAAAUUUUUUAUUUUUCCUUCUGAAAAAAUAGCUACAACAGCUACCAUGCAGUAUAUUGCUAGUAUGAUAUAGGUACUGUUGGACAAUCCACAUAUAAGUAAAUCUGAUCAUCAGUAUCAAUUACAAUGGGAGACUGGGGAUUUCUGUCCACGUUACUGGACAAGGUGCAGUCCCACUCUACUGUCAUUGGCAAGAUCUGGAUGAGCGUCCUCUUCAUCUUCAGGAUCCUUGUUCUGGGCGCAGGAGUCGAGAAUGUAUGGGGAGACGAGCAAUCUGAUUUAGUUUGCAACACUCAUACACCGGGUUGUGAGAACAUCUGCUACGACUGGAUGUUCCCCAUCUCCCAGGUCCGCUUUUGGGUCAUGCAAAUCAUCUUUGUGUCCACUCCAACCCUGCUGUACCUAGGACACGCUGUCCACAUCAUCCACCAGGAGAACAAGCUUAGAGAGCUGCGCAAAACCAACCACUCAGUCAUGACACCAAAAUACACAACCGAAAGCGGCAAAGUCCGAAUCAAGGGCAGGUUGCUGUGGAGCUACUUGACUCAGCUGUUUUUUAAAAUUAUACUAGAAGUAGCUUUCAUCACUGGUCAGUAUUAUCUGUAUGGAAUUAUAAUGAUACCUAAAUUCAUAUGUAAUGACAUCCUCUGCCGCAUGCCCACAGAGUGCUUCAUGUCCAGACCCACAGAGAAGACCAUCUUUAACAUCUUCAUGCUUGUGGUUGCAUGUGUUUCCCUGGCCUUAAAUGUACUAGAAGUGUGCUAUUUGCUUUGCUGUAGGGUAAGAGGACGGCCAAAAUUUGAAGGAGUGGUGCGCUACCAUACACAACCCAAUCUACCCCCAUUUGAUGAAAUUAGCCAGGAAGCUGCAGAGAGCAUUAAGCAGAACGGUUUGAACAGAGACUUGGAGAAGCGCUGGGCAUAGAGGAGACAUAGAACUGCUAUUCUAUUCUAAUUCUGCAAUGUAGCGGUAAACUUGUUAACUUAAUGUUAACUGUAAAUUAACAUUUUAAAUCUGUUUCAUUUAUUACCACAAAGCCAAAUUUGGACAUUUUCACCUCAAAUAACAUUAGAAUCCUUUUUUGCCAGUAGUGUAACAUGCUAUGCAGACAAGCAAUGUUAAAAGCAUUAUUGCUUUCAUAACAUACUGUAGCCACUUUAUAAGUUAACUUACAUUUUUUGCAGUCACAGUUCAUUUCUUUUAUUUGCAGAUUUUUUUCGCAACAGUGGAAAAUUCCAGAAUUGUGAUAAUGAAUGGCACAAAUGUGUUUUCCUUUCAGUUCUGCAUGUCUAAACCACAACAAGUUAAACAACCCAUCACUUGUUAGAGUGUAACAUAUGAAUAUAAUUUUUUUUUAAAUGUAGUUUAAUACAUUAUCGUGAAUUAGCGAUUCUGUACAUCAUGAUUGCACAGUGUACGAGUUAAGCUGACUGUACUCAUAAUCUUCCAGUCAUUUAUCGAUUCAUAGACUCUAUAAUACUCUCUGUGCAUGAUUUUCCUCAUAUUUAAGUAAUGCUAAAGCCUUUUUAUGUGUAGCAUAAUAAAUUCAGUUUAAAUAAAAGCUAUGCCUUGUCUUGUGUAAUAAA